AGAUCUCUUUAUGGUCAAAUACUGCGCAGAAUAGACGUUCGCCUCUUACCGUUUGCAGUGACUGUCUAUUUCUUUUCACAAUUGGAUAAGCAUAACCUCGGUCAAGCGCAUGCAAGAGAUUUUGAUGCGGAUUUGCAUUUGAAAGGGAACCAAUUUGCCGGCCUCUUAUCGAUAUACUUUCCUUGCUAUUUGAUCCUCCAUUAUAUCUCGGGAAUCUUUCUAGCACAAUUACGACCUAGACGCUUGAUACCCACUACUGUACUUUGGUGUGGUGUGACAACGUUUUGUCUCACAUUUUGUACCAAUUUCACCCAGAUGGCACUUGGACGAUUAUUAUUGGGAAUGUUUGAAGGUUCACUUUCGCCUUGUAUAACAAUCUUAUUUGCCAGUUGGUAUCCAAUGGAAAAGAUUGCAACUAGAUUGAUGUUACUCCAUCUUGCAUCACCAAUUUCUGGCUUAAUAGGUGCUUGUGUUACGGCUGGAUUCUAUCAAUUAGACGGAAUGGACGGCUUGCAAGGUUGGCAAUGGAUGUUUUGCGUUGAAGGUCUCACAACGAUUCUGAUCUCUUUUCCGGGAUAUUGGCUUUUGCCGAAUCUUGUCGAACAAGAUGGAGACCGCUUUAAGACGAAUGGAGAGAGACAAAUACAGAGAGGAAAAAGUCGGGUACCGUUGAAUGAUUUCACUUGGCAUCAAGUUUUACGCCCGUUUACCGAAUUAAAGAUUUACCUUUAUUCUAUCACUGCUGCCUCAAGUCAAGUAGCAAGUAGUAAUAUCGCCAAUUUCGGUCCAAUGAUCAUCAAAGAGAUGGGUUAUGAAGGUGCAAAGAUUAACCUUCUAAGCGCUGGUCCAUUAGCACUUUCCGUUUUCAUCAUGCUAAUCUGUGCAGUUUUGGCAGAUCGAAAAGGGAUGAGAUCUUCAUUGCUUUUGCCGUGUUUGUCGUUGAUCACCAUUGGCCAAUUUUUGAUCUUUUUCGAUAUUCAUUCGAAAAGCGUUACUUAUGGUGCAAUGUAUCUAAUCGCCGGCUUCAGUGGUCCUUGCAAUACCUUAAUCACAGUGUGGUGCGCCGGAAAUAUCGGACCGCAAUACACAAAGAUGGCGACUUUGGCUCUUUGUCUAUUGAGCCACACGUCUGCAACGUUAAUCAGUGUUAAUCUGUUUCCUCCAACUGAUGCCCCUUUGUUUUGGCAUGCUCAUUUAGCGGGAUUGAUUUGUAUAGUCAUCGCAAUUGUUUCUGCUUCUUUGUUGACGUUGGUAUUGUGGUUCGAGAAUCACAAGAGAGAGAAAAAAGCAUUUUGGAAUCUAGAACAUUUGUCCAAUGAGGAAUUCGCUCGUCUGGGUGAUCGACACCCUGGCAUUCGAUAU